GUCCGCCAAUGAAGGAGCUUCUUUUUAACACGUCAUUCUCUCUCCAUGUGAGUAGUCCCUCUGUGUGUGGUUAGCUUGCAGCUAAAGACAUCAUGCUUCGUCGAGAGGUGAGACUGAGGCGAGAGUACCUGUACAGGAAGGCACAGGAGGACCGGCUCCGAACGAUCGAGGAGAAGAAGCAGAAGCUGAAGGGUGCACUUGAUGAAAAUCGUCUCCUUCCUACUGAGGUACGCAAAGAAGCCCUGCAGCUGCAGAAGCUGCUGGAAUAUGACGACGAAGGGGCAGAAGGCGUCAGCUCUCACAUGGAUGACGAGUACAAAUGGGCCGGAGUGGAGGAUCCCAAAGUCAUGGUCACAACAUCCAGAGACCCCAGCUCCAGGCUCAAAAUGUUCGCCAAGGAGGUGAAGCUGAUGUUCCCUGGAGCUCAACGCAUGAACAGAGGAAACCAUGAGAUUGCGGCUCUGGUGCGAGCAUGUAAAGCCAACAAUGUGACAGAUCUGGUCAUCGUGCAUGAGACCAGAGGACAGCCAGAUGGCCUGGUGGUGUGCCACUUGCCAUUUGGACCCACAGCUUAUUUCACGCUGUACAACGUGGUAAUGAGGCACGAUGUUCCAGACAUAGGCACCAUGUCGGAGGCUUUCCCCCACCUCGUUUUUCACAACUUCACCUCACGGCUCGGCAAGAGGGUAUCGAAUAUCCUCAAGUAUCUUUUUCCAGUGCCGAAGGAGGACAGCAGGCGCGUGAUCACAUUUGCCAACCAGGAGGACUUCAUCUCUUUCAGACAUCACACCUACAAGAAAACAGACCACAAGAAUGUAGAGCUGACAGAAGUAGGACCCAGGUUUGAAAUGAAGUUGUACAUGAUCAAACUGGGCACCCUGGAGAAUGAGAGCACCGCGGACGUGGAGUGGCGUCACCAUGCAUACACACACACAGCUAAGAAGAGGAGGUUCCUCAGUGUGCAAUAGGAAUCCACAAAGGAAUUGUAGAGUGUACACAAACGGUGGUGAAAACUGUUUUUUUAACUACAGAAGUCUUAAAAUGUGGUGGAUGUAAAAUGACAAGGAGGUUUUGUCAGAGGAAUCUAACACAUAUGAAGCCAGAUUAAUGGCUGACUGGUGUGUGUGUUGAGCCUAAAGCCAGGCUUUUACAAUGACAGGAAGGUUGGUCUCUUUCAACCUGCAGCUAACUGAUGCUUCACCGCUAAGCUGUUCCACAGAUUGGGAUUCAUAUCGGCUGUAAGAGGUACCGCCCUUCCACCAGUUCUCUUCCUCUCUAGGAGAUGAGAAUCGUCUGAACCACCCAGUUACUAACAAACACCUGUAUGGAGUGUGGAGUACAGCUGUCGUGUUAUUUUGUAAUAAAAUGUGUCUAUACUGAU